AUGCCCAUUACAUAUGGGACCAUCUUCGUUAGCAUUUGCACUGCCAUUGUUUUGGUUGGGGUGUUCGCCCAUAUUCUGGUGUUCUACAUCUUCACCAAGUAUGUUUCAUUCCGUAAAAACCGCUUGGAUAUCCUUUUGGUGAGCAUGGCCGUGGCUGAUUUCCUCUCUGUCCUCUUGGACCCUUUCCUCAUCAUGGUUGUUCUGGGAUAUACAUGGCCCUUCGGAAGGAUAUUCUGCAAAAUAUUUCAGUUCCUUUUGGCCUUCUCGGUGGCCGCUAGCGCUUACUCCCUGUGCGCAGUCUCCAUUACCCGGGCCUGGAUCGUUAUGAAACCCCAUAACCCCCCUGCAAUGACUUUGAGCAUGGCCAUGUUGGUCUUGGUCUGGCUUCUGAGCCUCUGUGUAACCAUACCUCUCCGGAUCAACGCCACAACAGGGACAGGGAGUCGCAACCUGACCUUCUGCGUGUCGGGGUCAUACCAGCACAAAUACAAGACCAUCCUGGCUCAGUUCGUCCUUUAUUAUUUGGUCCCCAUGCUGGUGAUCGCCUAUAACUACGCUCGUCUUGCAGUUUUCCUUCUGAAGAGCCCCAUGACGUCUUUGGUUAGUUCCAGGAACACAAGAAGGGCGUCAAUCAUGAUUUUAUUUGCCACGGGCUCCUUCUCGGCGUGUUGGCUGCCCAGCUAUAUCUUGGAAUUCUGCAUCUACCUGGGCUCAUGCGCUCGCGGGAAGACCUGGGACAUGCUCUUUUUCAGCUGCACGGUCCUUAACUAUUUCUACCCAUGUAUCAACCCAAUCAUUUACGUUUUGUUGGCCAAGAGAUAUCGGGAUGCGACAUCGUGCUGGGGCCUGCCUUUUAAAUCACAAAGAAUGCCCCCCAAAAACAGCUCGACAGGUCCAGAUGAGAGGAUUUUCUCAUGCCAUUGA